GGAUUCGGGAGUGGAGCUCCUGCAGAGCUGGUGGUCCCAGGCGCAGGUGGCCGCGAGGAUGGUUUGGGCUGCGGGUGGCGCGCGCGCCCAGCGGCCGGGGCUCCCCUCUGCGUGGCCGCAGCUCUUGCGCCUCCCCGGGGGGCCGCCCCAUAGGCGCCGCUGAGGCCAAGGACACAGUGCGCCUUCUUAAAACGGGAUCAUGACGGUCCCCAAGGAGAUGCCCGAGAAGUGGGCCCGGGCCGGGGCGCCUCCAUCUUGGAGCCAGAAGAAGCCCUCUUGGGGGACAGAAGAAGAGCGGAGGGCGCGGGCUAAUGACCGUGAAUACAAUGAGAAAUUCCAGUAUGCGAGUAACUGCAUUAAGACCUCCAAGUACAAUAUCCUCACCUUCCUGCCUGUCAACCUCUUCGAGCAGUUCCAGGAAGUUGCCAACACCUACUUCCUGUUCCUUCUCAUCCUACAGCUGAUCCCCCAGAUCUCCUCCCUGUCCUGGUUCACCACCAUUGUGCCUUUGGUUCUUGUCCUCACCAUCACAGCUGUUAAAGAUGCCACUGAUGACUAUUUCCGCCACAAGAGUGAUAACCAGGUGAAUAAUCGUCAUUCUCAGGUGCUGAUCAACGGAGUCCUCCAACAAGAGCAGUGGAUGAAUGUCUGUGUUGGUGACAUUAUCAAGCUAGAAAACAACCAGUUUGUGGCGGCGGACCUCCUCCUCCUCUCCAGCAGCGAGCCCCAUGGGCUGUGUUACAUAGAGACCGCAGAACUGGAUGGAGAGACCAAUAUGAAAGUACGCCAGGCGAUUCCAGUCACCUCUGAGCUGGGGGACAUCAGUAAGCUGGCCAAGUUUGAUGGUGAAGUAAUCUGUGAACCUCCCAACAACAAGCUGGACAAAUUCAGUGGAACACUGUACUGGAAGGAAAACAAAUUCCCCCUGAGCAACCAGAACAUGCUGCUGCGCGGCUGUGUGCUGAGAAAUACUGAGUGGUGCUUCGGGCUGGUCAUCUUUGCGGGUCCUGACACCAAGCUGAUGCAGAACAGUGGCAGGACGAAGUUCAAGAGAACGAGUAUUGACCGUCUGAUGAACACACUGGUCCUCUGGAUUUUUGGAUUCCUGGUCUGUAUGGGAGUGAUCCUGGCCAUUGGCAAUGCCAUCUGGGAACACGAGGUUGGGACGCGCUUCCAGGUCUACCUGCCCUGGGAUGAGGCGGUGGACAGUGCCUUCUUCUCUGGCUUCCUCUCCUUCUGGUCCUAUAUCAUCAUUCUCAACACGGUUGUGCCCAUUUCACUGUAUGUCAGUGUGGAAGUCAUCCGUUUGGGCCACAGCUACUUCAUCAACUGGGACAAGAAGAUGUUCUGCAUGAAGAAGCGGACGCCUGCAGAGGCCCGUACCACCACGCUGAACGAAGAGCUGGGCCAGGUGGAGUACAUCUUCUCUGAUAAGACGGGCACCCUCACCCAGAACAUCAUGGUGUUCAACAAGUGCUCCAUCAAUGGCCACAGCUAUGGGGACGUGUUUGAUGUCUUGGGACACAAAGCUGAACUGGGAGAGAGACCAGCGCCUGUUGACUUCUCCUUUAAUCCUCUGGCUGACAAGAAAUUCUUGUUUUGGGAUCCAAGCCUCUUGGAGGCUGUCAAAAUGGGGGACCCACAUACCCAUGAGUUCUUCCGUCUCCUUUCCCUGUGCCACACUGUCAUGUCCGAAGAAAAGAACGAAGGAGAGCUGUACUACAAAGCUCAGUCCCCGGAUGAGGGGGCUCUGGUCACCGCAGCCAGGAACUUUGGUUUUGUGUUCCGUUCUCGUACUCCUAAAACAAUCACCGUCCAUGAGCUCGGUACAGCCAUCACCUACCAGCUGCUGGCCAUCCUGGACUUCAACAACAUUCGCAAACGGAUGUCAGUCAUAGUGCGGAAUCCAGAGGGGAAGAUCCGACUCUACUGCAAAGGGGCGGACACCAUCCUGCUAGACAGACUCCACCCUUCCACGCAGGAGCUACUCAACAGCACCACUGACCACCUGAAUGAAUAUGCAGGGGAUGGACUGAGGACCCUGGUGCUGGCCUACAAAGACCUGGAGGAAGACUACUAUGAGGAAUGGGCCAGGAGACGCCUACAGGCCAGCUUGGCCCAAGACAGCCGAGAGGACAGGCUGGCCAGCAUCUAUGAAGAGGUUGAGAGUGACAUGAUGCUGCUGGGUGCCACGGCCAUUGAGGACAAGCUUCAGCAGGGAGUCCCAGAGACCAUCGCCCUCCUGACUCUGGCCAACAUUAAGAUUUGGGUCCUAACUGGAGAUAAGCAAGAGACCGCUGUGAACAUUGGCUACUCCUGCAAGAUGCUGACUGAUGACAUGACAGAGGUGUUCAUAGUCACAGGCCACACUGUUCUGGAGGUGCAAGAGGAGCUCAGGAAAGCCCGGGAGAAGAUGGUGGACUCGUCCCACACGGUGGGCAAUGGCUUCACCUACCAGGGGAAACUCUCUUCUUCAAAGCUCACUUCUGUCCUGGAGGCUGUUGCCGGGGAGUACGCCCUGGUCAUCAAUGGGCACAGCCUGGCCCAUGCCUUGGAGGCUGACAUGGAGCUAGAGUUUCUGGAGACAGCAUGUGCUUGCAAAGCUGUCAUCUGCUGCCGGGUGACACCCUUGCAGAAGGCACAGGUGGUGGAACUGGUGAAGAAGUACAAGAAGGCAGUGACACUUGCCAUUGGGGAUGGUGCCAAUGAUGUCAGCAUGAUUAAAACUGCUCACAUUGGUGUGGGCAUCAGCGGGCAGGAAGGGAUCCAGGCCGUCCUGGCUUCCGAUUAUUCCUUUUCACAGUUCAAGUUCCUGCAGCGCCUCCUGCUGGUGCAUGGGCGCUGGUCCUACCUGCGCAUGUGCAAGUUCCUCUGCUAUUUCUUCUAUAAGAACUUUGCGUUCACCAUGGUCCACUUCUGGUUUGGCUUCUUCUGUGGCUUCUCAGCCCAGACCGUGUAUGACCAGUAUUUCAUCACCCUGUAUAACAUCGUGUACACUUCGCUCCCAGUCCUGGCCAUGGGGGUCUUUGACCAGGAUGUCCCGGAGCAGCGAAGCAUGGAGUACCCUAAACUGUACGAGCCAGGCCAGUUGAAUCUGCUGUUCAACAAGCGCGAGUUCUUCAUCUGCAUUGCCCAGGGCAUCUACACCUCUGUGCUCAUGUUCUUCAUCCCCUAUGGGGUGUUUGCAGAGGCCACUCGGGACGAUGGCACCCAGCUGGCAGACUACCAGUCCUUUGCAGUCACUGUGGCCACAUCACUGGUCAUUGUGGUUAGUGUGCAGAUUGGGCUGGAUACAGGCUAUUGGACAGCCAUCAACCACUUCUUCAUCUGGGGCAGCCUCGCUGUUUACUUUGCCAUCCUCUUUGCCAUGCACAGCAAUGGGCUCUUUGACAUGUUUCCAAACCAGUUCCGGUUUGUGGGGAAUGCCCAGAACACCCUGGCCCAGCCCACCGUGUGGCUCACCAUCGUGCUGACCACGGCUGUCUGCAUCAUGCCUGUGGUCGCCUUCCGCUUCCUCAGGCUUAGCCUGAAGCCGGAUCUCUCCGACACGGUCCGCUACACCCAGCUGGUAAGGAAGAAGCAGAAGGCUCAGCACCGCUGCAUGCGGCGAGUGGGCCGCACGGGCUCGCGGCGCUCCGGCUACGCCUUUUCACACCAGGAAGGCUUUGGGGAGCUCAUUAUGUCCGGCAAGAACAUGCGGCUGAGCUCCCUGGCCCUCUCCAGCUUUAGCACGCGCUCCAGCUCCAGCUGGAUCGAGAGCCUGCGCAGGAAGAAGAGCGACAGCACCAACAGCCCGGGGGGAGGGGCCGAGAAGCCCCUCAAGGGCUGAAGACCUAGCCUGGGACCCCUUGUGUCGGGGACCCGAGCUCACAGGGCCGGUGUCUGGGAACGGCUGGUCCUCCUCCCUGCAGCCUGCCUCCUCUGCCUGGUGGACUGCCCUGCGGGUCUCACCAGUGUAUACAGGUGGAGGGACCCCAGGGGCAGAGCAGGGGUUCGGGCCUUGGAUAGCGGCCGCAGUGAGGGACCAGCUGUGGAACCAAAAAACAUGAAAAACUAACUAAGAGAUUGGGUCCACCCCUGUCCUGCUGGGGGUCCACAGGGAGACUGUAAUCUCCGUAUUUUUUUUACUCCUAUUCCCCAGAGGGGCCCUAGUGCCCCUGUUCCUGAAUUACACAAGAAUGUAUCACGCCGGGAAGCCAGAGACCUGCUGGGCCUCCGAGCCC